AGUGACACAUUAGUUGUAAAUCAAUGGCCGUGUUAUCAAAAACGGACUAGCAAUAUUUUUAUUUUCAUAAGUUUUAAUUAUGCCUUAUUGGUAUUAUGACAAGAAGGAUCUACAGAAUACGCCGUCAUUCCGCGAUGGAAUCGCAAACGAAACAGAGAACCGAUACAGAAAGGAGGGCGCGAGAUUUAUCAUCGACACUGGUUCGAAGAUGGACUUAGGUUAUAACACAGUCGCCACUGGAGUUGUUUAUUUUCAUCGUUUUUACAUGUUCCACUCGUUCAGAACAUUCCCAAGGUAUAUCACAGCGUGCUGCUGCCUUUUUUUGGCGGGAAAAGUCGAGGAGACACCAAAAAAGUGUAAAGAUAUAAUAAAAGUCGCCAAAUCUCUGUUGACCGAACAGAAGUUUGGUUCGUUCGGCGAGGAUCCCAAAGAAGAAGUGAUGACGCUGGAAAGAAUCCUGCUGCAGACGAUAAAGUUUGAUCUGCAGGUGGAGCACCCAUAUGGGUACCUGCUGAAGUAUGCCAAGUGCCUGAAGGGUGACAAAGCCAAGUUACAGAAGAUGGUACAAAUGGCGUGGACUUUCGUCAACGACAGCCUGUGUACAACGUUGUGCUUACAAUGGGAGCCGGAGGUGAUAGCUGUGGCCCUGAUGUUCCUCGCGGGGAAGCUCAGCAAGUUCGAGGUGAUGGACUGGAACGGCCGGACACCGAAGCACACGGCCUGGUGGGACAUGUUCGUUGAGGAUAUCACCAUGGACCUCCUUGAGGAUAUUUGCCAUCAGGUGCUGGACCUGUACUCGCCGCAGAAGCAGGCGACCGGGGGGGAUUCCCCCCCGGCGCCCACGACCCCCGCGCCGCUCCUCACCCCGCAGAAGCCAAAAAACGACAAGAAGCCCUCCGUUACACCGCCCACUUCCGUGUCACCUAUCGCCGUUACCGCUAAGCCCGUGGUCUCCGCCCCCCUCAAAAACGGGGGGGACCUCAAGCCGGAGCCGCCCAAAGUUGACAUGCGGUUCACGUACCCCGCAUUCACGCCGGUGCCCCCCUACCCCCCCGUGUACUCGGCCCCCCCGCCGGGCAUCCCGCGCCUGCCGCUGGUGGGUCCGCCGCCCCCCCUGCACUACUCGGAGCCGCCGCCGGCGCCAGCGCGCUUCCCCCCCGUCAACGUGCCCCCUCCGAACUACUACUCCCCCCUGCCGACGAGAGGGCCGAUGCCCCCUCGUCCGCCCCCGCGCCCCUACUACCCGCCCUCGUAACGGAGAGCUAGAAAACCAUAGGGUAUAUAAAUUUUUUACUGAAAUACAAUUAAUGAAAUCCUUA